AUGGCCGCUUUCUCAUCCUCUGAAUCUCAAUUGGUUGCUCUCUUCGUUGCGUGCAUUGCUUAUGGCAUACACAUUGUAGCGUUCGUUGCAUGCAUGCGUACCUGGACCCAUCAUAGCAAGCAUUCUCCGCAAACUAACACAUAUUGGCCAUGGGUAUCCGCAUCUGUUUCUCUUUUUCUUCUGGGCACUCUGCACGUCUCUGGUUUAUGUGCCCAUAGCAUCCUGGCCUUCAUAUGUUAUCGCGGAUCCCACGGGACCGAUGGAGAUUUCAAACAGCUAGGGCGCUGGAUCUAUGGCUUGCGGUGUAUCUGCUACCACCUUGUCGUUGCGGUUUCUGAUGCCGCGCUAGUGCGAGCCUGUCUACUCACUAAGAAUUUGAUACUAAUGAAGGUCCCAGGUUUAUCGCUGCUGGCUGGUCUACACCUUCUCGCAACGGAGAUUCGUGGUCAUUUCCAUUCCUGCGAUCCUGUGGCUCACUUCAACCGCCGGUGCUGUGUUUAUUGUCUUCGAGGUCGUGACACGCCUGGAUGA